AUGUUCAACCAGCAGCUUCUUUUCGCACUUUUUCUCCUCUUCCAGCAAAUUUUCGCGUCUUCAAACAGCGAUCUCCGUCGCAACGCAUUCCUGUCCUACCACGGGAACACGAAGCAAAAACGCAGCAUGCAUGCUCUUCCCGGAUCCGUCCAGGACCCCGCGGCACUUCUGGUCAACAAACGAAGACAGCACUAUCUCCUCCGAAAAUACUACGAAACAUAUCGACUUGCUCAAUCUGUUGGUGUUGAAAAACAUGUUGCUGACCAUUACUACAACAACUAUUACGGAAAAUUCCUCAGGGAACCUUGA